AUGAACAAUUCAAUUUAUCUAAAUUUGAGUGAAAAUAGCGUUCUUUUUAAUACAAAUUUAACGACGAUAUUUACUUCGUUCACAACACAACUUCCACCCUCGUCACAAUCUCCAACGCAAGUCCCAGUUCCAAAAUGGUAUGAGAGUGGUCGUGUACAAAUACCUUUAUAUUCAAUAAUAUUUCUACUAGCGGUAAUUGGUAAUUCAUUGGUAAUAUUAACAUUGGUUCAAAAUAAACGUAUGCGAACAAUUACAAAUGUGUUUCUGCUGAAUUUAGCUAUUUCGGAUUUAUUAUUGGGGGUGUUAUGUAUGCCAUUCACACUGGUUGGAACACUAUUGAGAAAUUUUAUUUUUGGUGAAGUGAUGUGUAAAUUGUUACCAUAUUUACAAGCUUCAUCAGUAUCCGUCAGCUCAUGGACAUUAGUAGCAAUAAGUGUAGAACGAUAUUAUGCAAUAUGUCAUCCCUUACGAUCACGGCGUUGGCAGACAUUAAAUCAUUCAUAUAAAUUAAUUUUUGUGAUAUGGAUUUCCUCAUUAAUAUGCAUGAUACCAAUUGCAGCAUUAUCACAAUUGAAACCGACAAAUAAAGGUCACCAUAAAUGUCGAGAAGACUGGCCAUCAAUUGAUUAUGAACGAGCUUUCACAUUAUUUUUGGAUAUAAUUUUAUUAAUAUUACCUUUAUUGUUUUUAUCAGUCACAUAUUCAUUGAUUGUAAUCACAUUAUGGAAAGGCUUUCAAAAUGAACAACCACAAAUUAACUCAAAACAACAAACAAACAAGAAUACUUCAACAAACAGUGAACAACAAAGUAAUGGUCUACGUCGUUCUAAUGUUGAAAAAAAUUUACAUAAUAAAAAACGUAUUAUACAAAUGUUAUUUGUUGUAAUUUUAGAAUUUUUUAUAUGUUGGACACCAUUGUAUGUUAUCAAUACCAUUGCGUUAUUCAAUCCAAGAGCAAUAUAUAUUGGUUUAGGUUAUACGGCAAUUAGUUUCUUCCAAUUAUUAGCAUAUUCAUCGAGUUGCUGUAAUCCAAUCACAUACUGUUUUAUGAAUUGUGGUUUUCGAAAAAGUUUUUUAAAUUUAUUUGGUUGUAUGAAAAAAGUGAAAAAACGUCGACAAAAUCAGAUGGUCACAACACCAGAUCGAGACCGUUUUGUUAAUACUACAAUGGGUGUUGGAGCUGGUAUAACUAGUGAAAUUGAUUCAACGGCUGUGGUCAAGUGGACACAUCAUACUCAAAAUCAGUCAAAUUUAAUUGUAGGCCAAACUUCAUCGCAUAAUACAUCGAAUCGAUAA